CGUAUAUUUGAAAAUAAUUUUUAUUGGUAAUGAAUAACUGCUAAUGUUUCACGCGUUGCAUGUAACUUUUGCUAACUUCAAGUCUGUAUCAUGCUUAAUAUUACCUAGCCUUUCUUUGUGUGCCAUAUAUUAUGUGAUUUAUACCAUUAAAAGUUCAAGUACAGGUUGCGUGUACGAUGUUUUUUUCGCUGUAUAUUUUAUAAUAAAUUCAUUCAUGACUGAAUUUCGAUGUACAUCGAGAAUCAAGACAGUAUUUGUAUUAAAAUUUGCGAAAUAACUCAUAUAACAUUGUUUUAAUGAUAUUGCGGCAAAUAUAACCAAUAAGUGUAAACAUAAUUACAAGUCUUAAUUUUUUAAAACUGUCAAUUUUUACAUAAAAAAUACGUCAUGGAUGAAGUCAUGGAUUUCGAUAAGUAUUACGAUUUAAAAAAAGAUGGAUCGUACGUUAUACAUUUUCCUAAUAAUAAAGGAUUUAGUAAGACGGCACUCUCAGAAAUGUUUUCUGCUUAUGGUAAAGUUUUGGCUAUAGAUAAUCGUGGUCAACGCCAAGGAUUAUGUUUUAUAAAGUAUGAAAACCUUGAGGAUGUUAAACGUUGCAUCAAUGGUUUUAAAGAUCAUCAAUAUAUCAAGAUUUUAGCACAUAAACAUAAAACAAAAAUAGGUAAUACAAAAACAAAAUCACAGAAUUACAGAAGAAAUGAAUCUAAAGAUUAUUCAAAGAAUCAAUACCAAAAUAACUCUCAACUUGAUAUUAAUAUGUUGAAAUCAACAAAGAACACGACUACAUUUAAUGAAAGUAUAAAAGACAAUGAAGAUUUCUCUGAUGCUAGUUUGAGCAGUUCAGUGAAGACAAUUGAUGGUGAUAUAUGUUCCAUAAAUAAACCAUCUUUAAAACAUCUUCAUUUAAAACACUUACGAAGAAGUGUAUUAAACAAAUCUUCACAUUCUCAAGAAUUUAGUACAGACCAUUCAAAAGAGCUUGAACAAUUAGGUGACAUAGAUGAAAUUCCAGCUUUAAUUUCUGCAGAACAAAGUCAUAGAAUUGCUAAGAAAAAGUUUUCUGUAUCAUCGCCUAUGGUUAUUGUGGCACAGGAAGUGAUUGUAGCCAACAUUCAUCAUAGUUUGAGUAUACAUUAUAUACUACAUCUUUUUGAAAAAUAUAACCCAAUAGCUGUGUCCUUGAUGAUGACGAUACCAAAAUCAGGAAUUAGAUAUUGUCAUGUUUACUACAAAACAUCAGAGGAUGCCUCUGCCACUGUGGAAGAAUUUGAUAAAUGUCUGUUGCGUGGAAAGAAUCUCAUGGUUUUAACAUCGCAGAAAUUAAUGCAAGAAGUGUCUUUAUUAUAACUGUUUUAUUAUAACAGCUAUUUUAAGUUUCAUUUACUCUAAAGUACAUAUUUUUUACUAAUGUUUUAAUUUCU